AUGUGGGCUGCUUCUCCCCUGGAAGGGGAGCGCACGUGCAAGCCCGGCACUUUGCUGGCGCCUCCAGGUUGUCUGGCCACGCCUGCGCCCACGUCGCCAGACGACUGGAUGCUUGGAAAGCGGUCGAAGGUUGUGCGCAGGAGGAGAUUCACCUAUGCCCCCAUCGGGAUCAUCGUCAAAAAGGCGCGCGUUCGGCGCUUGCAAACUGUCAAAAAGGCUGAGGAGAAAGAUGAUGCUGGCCGUGUGACUCGGCGAUACUUGUGCAUGGGCAUGCAGAAGCCAGUCCAAGUACCAGAAGGGACACUGAAAAAGAUGUUGCUCAUUGUCCAGGCCCAUGACGUGAAGACCUGCCAGCAAAAGCUGAUUGCUCAAGGCAUAAUCACGCCGGAGAGCCAGUUCAAACUUGGCGAGUAUCGCAAGCUCUUUGAGAAGUCUUGCUUGCUGCUACACUUGCCCCAGCAAAGCGGGCGGCUGUUUUGCUCGUGCCCGCUUUUCCAAUGGACGGGCCACUGUUGCCACAUGUACGCGGCCAGCAAGAUCUUGGGCUGCAAAAAGUACAGCUUGCUGCCUCUGCCGCGAGCCGCAGAGGUCCGCUCGGAGACGGAAGAGGAUUCCUUGGAACCUCAGAAGAAGCCCAAGAGACGUCGGGUCAGCACCACUUAG